GCGUAGCUGCUAAGAUGGCCCAGCGGAUGUCUUUCGGCUUCUACAAAUACAAAAACAUGGAGUUCGUGAGGAUGAAGGGUCCGCAGGGCAAAGGUCACGCUGAGAUGGCCGUCAGCAGGGUGCCGACGGGGGACACGUCGCCCUGCGGCACCGAGGAGGACCAGGUGUCCCCCGUGCACGAGAGGGUGACCUCCUUCAGCACACCUCCGACUCCAGAGAGGAAUCGUCCGUCCUUCUUCUCGCCGUCUCUGAGACGUAAAGUGCCCCGAAGCCGAAACGCAGAGAUGAAGAAGUCUCACUCGGCCAACGACAGCGAGGAGUUCUUCAGGGAGGAAGAAGACGAAGCAAUGAUGACGCAGCGAUUAGAGAGGAUUCUCUCCGACCAAUCAGCAGUCUGCAGCAAUUAG